GUGUUUUAGUUCGAUUUUUUAAAUUGAAAUUCCUUUAAAGAUGUGUUCGACGACGCUGUUCCUUUAAAACAAUUACGGCAAAGUUCAGUUUUUACAGUUGCCAGUCUUCAGUCAACAGCCGGCAUUUCAUUGGAAACUGAAAACAAACCGCUAGGUGAUAUUUUUGAGACUUUUGUGUGAGGAAAAGAGAGAAGGAAAUAUUUUUGCUUUUGUUUUCACAAACAUUCUCCCCGUUCAGCACACGGAAUUUCAUGUUCAAUUGGCAUCUUCAUACGAGAGGAAAUUCGUGCUUCGGACGAAAGCCAUGUGGUGGCAAAGGUUGGUGCACUUGCGAUAUCACCCCACCCAGUGCCAGUGGACCCAGCAGCUUAGGGAAGUCGUAAAUUGGAGGCGUUUACUGCUGUCUCAACGACGACGACAACAUCAGGCGGCGUCGUCGCAUGGCGCAGUACGUUAUCAUCACGAGGCCACUGCCGCCGGCGGCGGCGGUUCAAACAAACACCUAGCAACGACCACAGGCAACAAAAACAACAACAACAACGAGAGCAUGCUGAACCAUCCAUUAUCGACUGACCGCUUGCUGCCGCCACCGGAUAGCCGCAUUAAUCCCGCCGAGCGUGAAACCAUAUUGCGCAAUACGCGAAUUUCGCGUCGCCACAUGGUACCCGAGCUGGCACUGCAUCUUAUCACCGCGGAAUGCAGCAUUUAUCAUCAACCCAUCGGGGAUGACUUUUGCUUCCCGGCCGAACCGUUCUGGGGAUUUUUCUGGCCCGGAGGUCAAGCGUUGACCAGGUUCAUUUUAGAUAACAAACAAUUAUUCGCGGGAAAACACGUUCUGGAUGUGGGCGCCGGGUGCGGUGCCGGAGCCAUCGCCGCCAGGCUGGUCGGAGCAAACGAUGCCACUGCUAACGACAUUGACCCUACCGCACUGCAGGCCACCCUUCUGAACGCUGAGCUCAAUUCCGUGGACCUGGAGAUAAGUAGUCGAAAUCUGAUCGGACAGCCAUGUGAUAAUUGUGACGUCCUGUUGAUAGGAGAUCUUUUCUACGAUACCGAUAUCGCCGAGACGCUGAUUCCGUGGUUAGUGCAGCUGGCUGCUAAGCGAAAAAAUAUUUACAUUGGUGAUCCCGGACGACAUGGAUUGACGGAGACGCGCUUGCGGAAUAUGACGCAAGUAGCACGUUACCGGCUGCCGCCGGAUGUUUGCAUAGAAAAUAACGGGUUUUCGCAUGCUAGUGUCUGGGAAUUCGGGUCGUUUAAUUGAUUGUUCAGUUAAUACAACAUUAUGCAAUUUUAGCAAGCAAACAAAAAUUGCUUGUUAGAAAUUAAAUGCGCGAAAUGCGUGUGUUUCCCGAAUUAGGUGCGAGAUGCUGUAUUGUCAUUCUAAAUGUUAGCUAUCAGAAGCAAAAAUUUAUAAGACAUUUUCUGCAGUCUUUAGUGAUGCGAUAGGAUUAUAGGAAUACAAUUUGUUUUUGCUAGUAUGACAAGCUUAGGUAAGUUAUUGAGUUAUUUCUCAUGUAGUGAUCGACGCAACUUGAUUUUUGGAGAAAAAAAAUGAUUCACAUUUAUCAGGAAUCAAGUGGUCACUUUUCCGUAUUAAGCAAUCCAACUAUCAAACGAUCUGUGAAGAAAGACUAAGAAAUAUUUAUCAAGACUUCAGUAGCUAUCUUGAUUCACUCAACAGGCGGAAUAUCAAAGCGACUUACUUAGUGACCGAAGAUGAUGGUGCUACGGAAAGAUAUCCCGUUUUGCACUCAGUCGAUGAAGGAAAAAUUCGUAAUUUGCCUAAAAGCGAAGCCUCUGCUGGCGGUAAAUUUUCCUGCUUUGAAUAUGAAGGGAUAAAAGAAGAAAACUGAAUUUGCUGUUUGGUGCACUUGGGAACAAUUCGUACGUCUUCGGUGAAUAACGUAAGGAUUUUUUCAGUUGCUGACUAACGUACAAUGAACCAGAUUGACCAGGUUUUCACAGAGGGCCGAUUCUUCUCUAACAUCACGAUAUUGACUCUAACGAUCACCUAGUAGCAGUAUAUGUGCGCUCGAAACUGUCAACCGUAUACCAGAAACUUCAAAUUCGUUCUCGGCUAAACAUCAGACAGUUAAAUAACCUGCAGUCUGCCGAGAACUACGCGAGAACACUGGAUGAAGCACUGUCUUCUUCCGAAGAGUCAGGUGUUUCAAACCUCGAAGACGGUUCGGGCAGAAUACGCUCGGCUACCGGAACUAGGUGAAGAGCCCCGAGGUCUACAAAAUGAUUGAUUUGAUGCGGAAUGCCAACAAGUGCUUGGAAACAUUAUCUGAGCUUUGCCACCACGCAGAACUUGACCAAAUAGCAACGAACAAGGAACCAGUUGACCUACAGAAAGGUCGAUCGACUCGACUGUUGCAACUAUCGUGGCAUAACGCUGGUAAACGCCGCCUACAAGGCACUCUCCCGGAUCCUGUAACGUCGGCUGUCACGGAUAGCAUAGGGUUUUGUUGGGAAUUACCAGGCAGGCUUCAUGGGAGCUCGCACAACUACUGACCAGAUUUUCACCAUCCGACAGAUCUUGCAUCAAAUCUUUAUUGAUUUCAAAGCAGCAUACGAUACAGUCGAUCGAGACCAGCUGUGGCAGAUAAUGCACAAACAAGGAUUUCCGGAUAAAAAUAGACUAACGUGAUUAGUCCGAGCUACAUUGGAUCGAGUUUUGUGCUUCUUGCGCAUCUUGAGGACACUCUCGAGUCCCUUUGAGACGCGGUGAGGGUUGAGCUUGAGAUAACGUCGGCUUAUCCUGCAUGCUGUUCAACAUCGCUUUUGAGGGGGUGAUCCGACAAGCGGGUGAUCAAAACGAGAGCCAACUCCUAGACUUUGCGCCCUCCUGGGUAGAUGUCUUUGAUAUCAUAACCAGGGACUCUGCGACGACGGAAGCCAUCUACGCCAGACUGAAAGCGGAGUAUGGGAGGAUUGGGCUAGCAAUAAAUACGUCAAAGACCAAAUACAUGAAAGGAAACGCCUCAUAGGAAACAAACGUGGGUACAACAAACGAAGUACACUUUUUGAUAGUGUGAUGAAAUCAGUUUCAAAACUGUAAUUUAUUGAUUUAAUUAAGAUUUGUAUAAAGAAAAUAACAAGUUCUUACGUUCUAGUGUAAUUGUAGUCUUCUGGCAUUGCAACGUAAUUCAUGUGUCGAUCCAACACUGCGAAGCUAAUCUAAAUCAAUAAUCGAACAAAUGAUCGUGAGUAUAUAAGUGCAUGAGAAUACUUACAAACUAGCGGUAUAAUACAGGAUUUGCUGUACCAAUACGAUUUAUCAAGACCUGUUCUCCACAGGUAUAUUUUGUAACAAAUGAAAACUACUAGUUAUUGGCCGUUUAGGCAAGCUGAAGCAUCUAAAUAUUACAAAUUUUCACUUAAAAAACUACAAAAUCUUCUAUUAGACCACCAGUUGUUUACAGUUUUCCUAAUGAAUCGUCCACGUUGUCGGUCCAUUUAUGCUCCAUGUGACAGUUCUCGGUCGUAGCAUGACGUUAGCAUAGAUUGAACUGUCACUUGACACUAUCACUGAGCUGGGGAUCACAAGGGACACACGUACUGGUUGUCACUAUUUGCACAGUGGGUUUGUCAACAUCCCCCCGCCCGUGGAGUUCCGGGGAUCCCGACUUUUUAUUUAAACUGUUUCCUGAGGGUUCCUGCCACGUAUUCAGCCGACUCUUCUGGUCGACCACUACGACGACAUCGCCAGGUUCCAGAGCUUUCACUGGUUGAAAUCGACCUUUCACCGAAAUCAAAAGAAGAACUAAGAAGCUUUCUCGGACUGGUCACAUUUGUCUCGCGUUUCAUUCCGGAUUUGGCAACAGCAAACCAUCCAUUGCGAAAACUUAAAAAACAGUCUACGCCAUUCGAGUGGUCGAUGGAACACCAAAAAUCUUUUGAAAUGGUUAAACGUCGUAUCGGAUCAUUGGACUACCUAGGCUAUUUCGAUCCUAAAGAUCGCACAUUGCUGGUUACGGAUGCCUCAGGUGUAGGCCUAGGAGCAGUCCUAAUUCAGUAUAAAAACGAAAAACCAAGAGUCAUCAGCUAUGCUUCAAAAAGUCUCUCUCAAACGGAAAUAAAAUACCCUCCUAUUGAAAAAGAAGCUCUAGCCAUAGUGUGGGCUGUGGAGAGAUUUCGUAUAUAUUUAAUUGGCAUUAGCUUCGAGUUGGAAACCGACCAUCGUCCACUGGAAAGUAUUUUUACGAGCACUUCAAGACCUACAAUUAGAAUUGAGCGAUGGCUACUACGAUUGCAGGGAUAUAAAUUCAAGGUAGUGUAUCGGAAAGGAUCCGCCAAUUUGGCCGACUCGUUGUCGCGAUUAGCGGCACAUGUUAAUGAUGUACACUGGCAAGAUGAAUCGGAGGUCUACAUACGUCAGGUCGCGGCAGGUUUUCUCUCGACUUCCAACGCAGGAUAUGGGGCAGAGUUUGAUCUAGAUACUGAAAUUGAGAUAAGGGCUAUUCAGGAAACUGCAGCUAUCGAUAUUACCGAAGUAGUUCAAAUGACAAGAACAGAUGAAGAAUUAACUGCAAUCAAGGAAGCAAUUAUGUCUAAUAACUGGACAAACCCCAAAGUGAAACCCUUCGCCCCUUUUCAACACGAACUGAGUUACGCAAACGGCAUAAUAAUGCGUGGAAUGAAACUGGUUAUUCCAAAAAUGCUUCGAACCCGUAUGUGCCAACUAGCACACGAAGGACAUCCGGGACAUUCCGCGAUGAAAAGCAGACUACGAGACAAAUGUUGGUGGCCGAAUAUGGAUCAGGAGGCUGUGAAGAUGUGUGACCAAUGCGAGGAAUGUCGCCUCGUUCAUGCGGCAGCCCCUCCUGAACCAAUGGAACGACGGAAACUACCGGAAAAACCCUGGAUAGAUUUGGCGAUAGAUUUCUUGGGCCCGUUGCCUUCAGGAGAAUACAUACUGGUUAUUAUUGAUUACUAUAGCCGAUAUAUGGAAAUAGAAAUAAUGAAACGAAUAACAGCACAGGAGACGGUUAAACGAUUGCAGAAGAUUUUUCGAACGUGGGGAUACCCCCGGACAAUAACUCUAGAUAAUGGGAAACAGUUUGUCUCCCAAGAAUUCGACGAAUUUUGUAAAAGAACUGGCAUUGUCUUAAAUCACACUACGCCAUAUUGGCCGCAAGCUAAUGGCGAAGUGGAACGUCAAAACCGAUCGUUGCUAAAGCGACUGAAGAUCUCUAAUGCGUUAUAUGGGGAUUGGAAGACCGAACUAGACGAUUACCUGAUACUUUAUAAUAACAAUCCUCAUAGUGUAACUGGACAACCACCAAGUGAGUUGCUCCAAAAUCGUAAAUUGAGAUUUAAGAUACC